AUGCUUCUGUUCUUACUCAUCAUCCAUCUCGUGGCCGCUAAGAACCCAAAGGAUGACUUUUGUCGGAGAUUCGCCCACCAAACCACUGUCAUUGACGACAAACUUUACAUUGACGGUGGUUGGGUCAACUUUGAUGACUUCCAGCAAACCCACGAGAACUACUCUAAUACUUGGCUAGCAUACCACGAUCUUAAUAAACUCGUGAAACGAGGUGGCGAUCUUUGGCCGGACUUGAACAUCAGCCUGAGCAAGAAUGAUAGUAUCCCGAGUGUACAUGGUGGUAUACUUUGGGGUGAUAGCGUCAAUAAGCGAUUUUACCUUUACGCCGGCGAAUGGAACAACGGUUUCUCCCAAGAGCCUUACAGCCUGCUGAGCUACGACAUCAUCUACGACAAAUGGGAUGACUUCGGUACUCCCGACAUAACUCCCCCACCGAAGAUUGCCUCGUAUGGUGCCGGCGUAGGCGUUUCCGAGACCGGGAUGGGUUACUACUUGGGAGGAUGGAUAAGCAACGCAUCCAUGAGCGGAUGGACCGACGAUCGAACAAUGAGCUCGAAUUUCUAUACCUACUCCUAUGACUCGGGGAAGUUUACCCAGGCCGCUGGCCCGAGUAAACAGCCGAGAGCCGAAGGAGGUAUGGUUUGGAUCCCGGCGGGUGAUUCUCUCGGACUACUUGUGUACCUCGGAGGCAUUGUCGAUCCCCAUGGGAACAACACAGAGGCUCCCCAGGCAUUCGAUGAAGUCUUUGUCUUCGACGCCAAGGGAAACUGUGGUCAACUCAGACAACCACGGGCGAGAUACCUCAGAACCGACUCCACUUUCAACAUUUACCUCUGGGGAGGAUUGAGCGUGCAACCACCGGUUGUCAACGCCACUUCAUUCAACGAUAUCUACAUCUUGACUCUUCCUUCGUUCACCUGGGUCAAAGCCUACCCAGACCAUCGUGGAAAUGCCACACUGCCGCCAGAGUACGGUCACUAUAGUGCUUCAUGCAACAUGGUAAAGCACAUGUCUCAGUUGUUCGUCAUUGGAGGCACGUACACCGACACAGACGCUUGUGAUCUAGCGUAUGAUGCAUGGUCGCUGCACAAUUUCUGGACUGGUACUAGCAACAACGCUGGUAACAACGAGACCUAUUGGGCUAUAUACGACCCCAAAAUUACCGAGAACGUCGUUCCCGCUGACGUGUACAAUGUCACUGGUGGAGAUAAGGAAGGCGGUGCAAAGCUCGUGGCUCCCAAGGACGGUUUUGACGAGGGGAACAAGCCCCUUCAAGACUUACUGGGACGUAGACCGGAGAUAGCAGAGCGUUCACCAACACGUUCUAUUCCCUCAACAACCAGUACAUCACCUGCGAAGCCAUCACACAGCUCGUCGGACCAUGGGUCCAAGCUCUCUACCGGUGCUAUUGCUGGAAUCGCCAUUGGCGGCGCUGCAGGGCUAGCUCUUCUCCUUCUUGUAUGGUUCUGCAUUGGUAGAAAGGUCAACCGUCGUCGCCAAGAGAGGCGCCAGUCUUCCAUGACGCAAAACCAGUAUCACUUCAAUGGAGCAAACAUGGCCUACCCUCCGAGCACUGUCAGUCCGCUUACAUCAACUGGACAUUGGGGAGAAGUGUCUGAGCCUCUGAGCCCACACCAUAUGAGUCCUCAUCAGUCCGUCUCUGUAACUCGAGUGCCACCGACAGAGCUUCCAGCUGAGCAGUAUGGUCCUGCAUACAUUGGAAAUGAAGCACCUCAGUAUGUGGUUGGGAGGAAGACGCCCGGUGAGAGUUAG